UUUUGUUUUGGCCUUUUUGGGUUGUUUGUAUCUUUCUGUAUAAAACAUCCAACCAUGGCAAAAUUAAAAUAAUAGAUUGAGAUUCUGAUGUAAUAUAUAGUUUGAGGAUAAUGAUUGUGGUGAAGGAAGAACCAGAGGGGGAAGGGAGUUGAGAGGAGGAAGCUAAGUAGGACUCCAGUAAAAACCAGCAUUAGCCCACAUGGAAUUUGUGGGGAUCAGUUACCAAAACAUGAAAAUCACACCCCAACAUUCCCAGAUCUCAAGGCUUUAGGAAUUUCAGGCUUAGUCCCUGUUUGUUUCUCUAGAAAAUUCUCUCUGUGUUUUUUCUCCCUGCUGGUUUUCCAAGUUUAAAUGGUGCUCAUUUAGCAAUAUAAUUGUGCAUGGCUGCUAUUUUCGUCAGUAGAAUCACGAGUUUCUGAAGUCUGUUGUGAAUUCUUGAAAGAGCAUUCCCGAGGUUCUUUCUGAGGUUAAGCCAAAAGGGGGCAGUUCUUUUUAUGGUGAACAGUGGGUGUGCUUUAUAAUUGGGCACUGGCUCUGCUGACUGUUUUCUGGUGGAGGUUUUUUAUAUUAGAGGCAAUGUUGAGUGAGGCAAUGAAUGAUUGAAUGAACGGAUACGCAUGAAAAUGGGUGGCUCUGUUCUGGUGGGCUGUGGUGGUUUCUUUAAGCAAGUAAUAGUUUUGCAGAGAAGGUAAAGUAGUUGAAGUUAAUUUUUUGAAUAUGGAAAUGAAGUGGUCUGUUUUGGGGAAAGUGGUAUUGCUGGUGUUCAUUUUAGUGCAUAGUUCUUCUGCCUCUCUUUCUCCUACUGGCAUAAACUAUGAAGUUGUUGCUUUGAUGGCUAUAAAGAAUGACCUGAAAGACCCAUAUAAUGUAUUGGAAAAUUGGGAUACGAAUGCUGUGGAUCCUUGUAGUUGGACGAGGGUUACCUGCUCUCCUGAUGGCUCUGUAUCUGCCCUAGGAUUGCCCAGUCAGAGCUUGUUUGGGACUUUGUCAUCUGCAAUAGGAAAUCUCUCUAACCUGGAAUCCGUGUUGCUGCAGAACAAUGCAAUUUAUGGUCCUAUCCCUAGUGCAGUUGGGAAGCUAGUCAAGCUUCAAACACUUGAUCUAUCCAACAACAAUUUUGAUGGCGACAUACCGAGCUCUUUGGGCGACUUGAAGAAUUUGAAUUACUUGCGACUAAACAACAAUAGCCUUUCUGGACCAAUUCCUGAGACUCUCUCUAAACUUGAAGGCCUCACUCUUCUGGACCUUUCUUUCAAUAAUCUAAGUGGUUCUUUGCCUAAUCAAUCAGCAAGAACCUUCAGAAUUGUUGGAAAUCCUUUGAUCUGUGGGCAGAGCUCUGAAUACAACUGUUCUGUUGUCUAUCCUGAACCAUUGUCCUUUCCUCCAAAUAGUGUUACAGGUCAAUCUGGAUCAAAAAGCCACCAUAUGGCCAUUGCUUUUGGCGUGAGUUUUGGUGCUGCAUUUUUAGUCAUCAUAGUCAUUGGACUGCUUGUUUGGCGGCGAUAUCGCCAUAAUCAGCAGAUUUUCUUUGACGUUAAUGGUAAUGAUCAAUAUGAUCCAGAGGUUUGUUUAGGUCACCUGAGAAGGUAUACAUUCAAGGAACUUCGGGCUGCUACAGACCAUUUUUCCUCGAAGAAUAUAUUGGGCCGGGGAGGAUUUGGGAUUGUCUACAAAGGCCGGUUAAAUGAUAGCAGUGUGGUUGCUGUCAAAAGAUUAAAGGACUACAAUGCUCUUGGUGGUGAAAUACAAUUUCAGACAGAAGUUGAGACAAUCAGUUUGGCAGUCCACCGGAAUCUUCUCCGUCUUUCGGGUUUCUGUUCAACUGAAAAUGAACGGCUUCUUGUUUAUCCAUACAUGCCCAAUGGGAGUGUAGCAUCUAGAUUAAAAGAUCAUGUCCAUGGUAGGCCUGUUCUAGACUGGUCGAGGCGGAAAAAGAUUGCUUUAGGUACAGCAAGAGGGCUGGUGUAUUUGCAUGAGCAGUGUGACCCCAAAAUUAUUCAUCGAGACGUCAAGGCUGCAAAUAUUCUGUUGGAUGAAGACUUUGAGGCGGUUGUUGGAGAUUUUGGGUUGGCAAAGCUCUUGGAUCACCGGGAAUCUCAUGUAACAACUGCUGUCCGUGGCACUGUUGGUCAUAUUGCUCCUGAGUAUCUGUCUACUGGCCAGUCAUCAGAAAAGACUGAUGUUUUUGGUUUUGGGAUCUUACUUCUUGAGUUAAUAACAGGCCAGAAGGCGUUGGAUUUUGGGCGGGGAGCCAAGCAGAAAGGCAUAAUGCUUGACUGGGUUAAGAAACUCCAUCAAGAUGCAAAGCUGGAGUUAAUGGUGGACAAAGAUUUGAAAAACGACUAUGACAAUGUCGAGUUGGAAGAAAUGGUGCAAGUUGCGCUUUUGUGUACUGUAUUUAAUCCUUCCAACAGGCCGAAAAUGUCUGAAGUGUUGAGGAUGUUGGAAGGUGAUGGCUUAGCUGAAAAGUGGGAGGCAUCACAAACAAUUGAAACUCCAAGAUUCCGAACGUUUGAACAUAUACCACAAAGGUAUUCAGACUAUAUAGAAGAAUCCUCACUCGUGGUAGAAGCAAUGGAGCUUUCUGGUCCCAGAUGACAUUUGUUUCUCAUUCUACCCUCCAUUUACACGUUCUUUCUCUCUGUAAGUUGGGAGUGAAAUGCUAAAAUAUAUGAUAGGUGUUGAUAGCUGUUGAAUGCGUAUAUUCAUCUGUAAAAAGAAAGGAAAGCCUUGUAUAAUCAUUAAGUAGUGUCCAGAAUAUGAGCAAUGAGUUGGGGUUGUAGAGCAUUUGCAGUUGAAGAGAUUUUCCUGCCUUUUGUAAUUAGUCUUGGAAUUGAAGAGUUGAGAAUGAAAUCUGAUUCAUAUAA